UUGAGAGGACUCCACUAGAAUCGUGAUUGUAGAAAAUGCAUGUUAGUAUUUACCAAGGACUGCUGUUACUUAGUCAAAUCCUGCAAAUCUCUGCUGAGCAAUGUACAUCAGCAGGAACUUUCCGGAUAAAUCCAGAUAAGCGAAAUGUAAAGUUGCGUGGAUUUGCUUAUCGUACAUUUGAAAACAUAUCACCAAGGGCAUGCUUCCAAAAAUGUAUCCGGCGAACACGAUGCCAUUCUUACAACUAUAACAGAGCUUCUCUUAGAUGUGAACUUAAUAAUUUGAAACCAAUGUAUGUUUCGGAAAGCUAUCUUCAAAAUGAAAGUGGUUAUGUCUACGUUGAAGUUCAUCAUUACAGAGGGGAUCCACAUUUUGACCCAUGUGUUGGAAAUCCAUGCAACGAUGGUGAAGUGUGUGAAAGCCUUAAGAAUGAAAAAGUCGUCUGUAUAUUGGACGAUUGUAAAACACCGAACGAAGCAUUUCAAAAUGUGGCGCUUGGCAAGAUGUGUGGACAAAGCUCAACAUUUAAUAAUGAACAUGCAGAAUACGCUGUUGAUGGGUUAACCAAUACGGAUAUCCAUACGCUCAAGGACCAGUCUCCAUAUUGGUGGGUAGAUCUAGGAAGCAUCUACAAUAUCAUGAGAAUUGAAGUUAUCAACAGAUACAUUUAUGGCUUCAAACUUCAUGAUCUUGACAUAGCUGUUGGAAACCACCUUGAUGAUAUGUCGAUAUUUGCCAAUUACAAAGGACCCGCUGCAAAUAAUGAGCAUCUAAUAUUCCAGCGCAGUCGGUAUACAGAUGGUCGUUAUGUCAAACUGUCGAUCACUCAAGGCCCAGAAUAUUUACACGUUUCAGAAGUUAUUGUCAUUGGUUAUCCAGUAUGUUGAUAAACAUGAUAAACGGACAAACUGAUUAUAACAUUUUUUAAUUGUUUCAUAGGUUAUAAUAGUUUUAUUUCAUAUACAAUAGUGUCAUUGAUUUGUCUUACAGAAGACUGAAAUUUUUCAAAAUAUUUAACUGGCAAUCUUUAUAUUUUGAAAUACAGUUACACUUGUAAAACAUGUAACACUAGGUGCCAAAUACUGUAACAGCUUAAAAAACUGGAAAUUUAUACCAAUCCGUGUAAACUGAAUAAUCGUUUAUUGCAACUUAUUCUAAAAGGUUACCAAUUCAACACUGUAUUUAGAUCUUUGAAUAGUGUUUUUUAAUUGCUAAAGAUAUUGAUUUUGUAAUUCAAAAUUAAAUUAAAAUAUACUAAUAGUUUCGUUAUACAUAUAUGUACAUUAAGGUAGAUAGGGUGUCUUCUUCCAUCUUGAAUUUUGAAAUACCAGAAAACAAGGUCUAUAUCUUUGAUAAAAUGUGCAAAUUUUGAGAUAAGUAGGUAAUUCAUGUGUAAGAUUUUUCUUUAUAAUAUAGAAAAUGCAAUGUUUUAUCAUAUUUAUGGUUGUAUUUUACCAUUAACUGAAUACUUUUGUUUGAUUCAAUUUUUUCCAACUAUGCCAAAUAAGGGGAGAUAACUCAAAUGCAAGGGCAGAUGAUUCAGAUUGUGUUAAUUUUACAAUAGAAUGUGUUAGAAAUUUAUUAUGUAGCAAGAAAACGAGUUCGGUGACCCCCAUUUUUCUUUUUCUUAUCUGAAAGAAUAAUAUUGCAGCCAUCUUCUCAUAUUUUAUCUAAAAAUUCUAUGGUGUAGUUUUUAUUUUAAUGAGGAAAAUUGGGUUUUCCAUGCAUAUUCUAUACUAAAUCUGAAAAUUUGCACAACCUGUAGUGUGAAAAAAAGUCCGGUGACCCAUUCUUUUAAUUAAUGUUUUGAAACAAGCAAGUAAUAAACUACAUUUUGGAAAAUUAUCAAAAAAUUCUAUGGAUUAUAAUUUAGACACCCCAUCCACCUUAACUGUACCAACGUCAGGUUUUCUGUAACUGUUAAUGACGUCUUUAUACUAAAUCCGUUGAAUGUUGGCUGAUUUUUUUAUAUUGACAUUUAACACUUAUAGAUACAUAAUUUUUUAUAAGUUGUUAUUGGCUUUGAACUUGCUGUCAGUAGCGGCGAGUACUCUUAGAUCUGUACCGUGUGUCCUUUUUGUUGUUAGUGAUGAGGGAUGGAUAAAUAUCAUGCAGCGGCCGGUCUGUUUUUCUCUUUUGAUGUUUUCUACUUUGUAUCGAUCUGAUGAGUUAAGCCUUUUUCAACUGAUUUUUUUAUAGUUUGUUCUUAUGUUGUGCUGUUAACACCACCGUACCAGGUUACAAACAUAUUAAAUCUCGUCACAUUCUUUAUGUGCUUGCCCCGAGUCAGAAGCCUGUAUGAUUCAGUGUUUGCCGUUGGUUCAUGUCUGUCAUAUUUGUUUUUCGUUGUUUUGUAAUGAAUUAGAUAGUUAGAUUUGUCAUUUGAAUUGUUUCAUAUUUUUUAUGUCGGUGGCUUUUAUAGCCGACUAUACGGUAUAGUUUUUUUGCGUAUAAUUGCUGAUAUCCACUUUAUUUGAACUUUGGUGGAAAGUUGUCUCAUUGGCAAACAUACCUCAUCUCCUUAAUUUUGAACAGGUAACAAGUAUAAUUACUUGUUUAUACUUUACCGGCAACAUCUUUUACCCCAAUGUGGUAUUCAUAAUACAAUUAAUGAGACUUUCUAAUUGACUGAUAAAGGGUUGGAAUUAUUUUAUUUCAAAAGCUUAUCUAUUUAGGGUUAACAAAUCUAGAAAAUGUUAUUCAUAUUAAACAAAGAGUAGAAAACAUAUCCAAUGUAUUUACAAUUGAGCUAAAUCAUGGUAGGUAUUAUGUCCGGCUAGGAUCGUGGUUUUUUGAGUGAUUUGAUCGGGCUAUUUUGAGUGUGACCAAUUUUUUUCGAUUGAAUAUGAACAAAUAUUUAAACAAACAGACUUCCUUUCCAACAAAAAGUGAUAUAGAAGCUUGAGUUUAAUAUACAAAGUUAUAUUGUGCAUGAUAGUGUUUGAUAAAGAAAAAUAUUAUUAAUCCGACAUUAUUUUUCGUUACAAAAAGUUGAAACAAGCAUUAAAAUGCUUUAAUUCAAAAAUAUAGAAUAAAGCCACUUUUUUACACAUAACACUGAUAAUGUUGAAAGAAAUUCAUACAUGGAAUCUUUAUGUCCUUAGAAAUACAGAUACUUUACAAAAAUUCUUGUUUUUGCAUUGAAAGCGACAUUUUAAGACUAAAUUCAUUUCUUUAUGUAUGGUUUUUUUCAAGAGCAGUCCGGGCUUUUUCGAGUUUGAGUGAUUAUACAAAUUUCCUAUAGCUUGAAAUGCUAUGUGUCAGUGUAUUUACGUUUCAAAACAAUAAACAAAGGUUCAUAUUGUGUACUUUUCCAAGUAUUAACCAAUGCAUUUGUCAGUUUGAUAAUGGUGUUCUAACACUUACAUGUUAUAAAUAUGUGUCCAUUUGUAUAUGUUACAGUGAAUAGGUAUAAUUAGGGAUUAUGUAGAAUCACUAAAAUCAUUAGUAAUUAUU